UGAAAGCCGACAACCGACUCCUAGAAACGCCGCCUGCCACCUUAUAACCCGAAAGAAAGCGAUCUUAUAGCCCCUACAGAAACCUGUGGCUCGCCUUUUUUCGUGCGUAAAGCUUUUGCGCACACCGCCAAACUGCCUCAGAGACUGAAAAGGUGCGCUACUUGUCAAGCAUCAGAGCGCAGUGCCAAGAUGCAGAAACGGAGCAGCGACGUCUGAAGGUGACAUGAACCUCGGGAAAAUCAAAAGCAGCAGGCGUUCACUGAGCAAGAAGUGGAGAUAGCAACUGAAAACCUUCAGUGUCUUCAAACUCAACUUGUGCUUUUUUUUUCGCCCCCCCCCCGCGUGGCUUUAUCUGAUGCAGAGAGUCCAGAGCUGCCACCCAAAGUAGCCUCACAUUUCUACUGUCUGGAGGAGAAAAACACUUAAUUAAACUGCGGACAGAUCCAGGAGAGGAGCGAAAAUGGCGACGUUAAUCAAAAGCAAGCUUUCUAAUAAACUGUCAAAUGCAGCCACCGCGGUCAGCAACAAAUCCCAGGCGAAGGUGAGCGGCAUGUUCGCCAGGAUGGGCUUCCAGGCCGCCACAGACGAGGAGGCUCUGGGCUUCGCCGCCUGCGAUGACCUGGACUACGACCACCGGCAGGGCAUGCAGAUGGACAUUUUGACAAGCGAAGAGAUGGGAGGAGAGGGCGCCGGGGAUGGAGACGCGCUGGAGGGGGACAGCCACUACCAGAGGGACGGCACCGGUCCGCCGCACUCUGCCUCUAAGGACGGAGGUCCGACGAACGAGCUGUCUGAAGUCAAACCAAAAAUCACCGCUUGGGAGGCGGGCUGGAACGUCACGAACGCGAUCCAGGGGAUGUUCGUUCUUGGGUUGCCCUACGCCAUCCUGCAUGGAGGAUACCUCGGACUCUUUCUCAUUAUUUUCGCCGCCGUGGUAUGCUGCUACACGGGGAAAAUCCUCAUUGCUUGCCUGUACGAGGAGGACGAAGACGGGCAGCUGGUCCGUGUGAGGGACUCCUAUGUGGACAUUGCCAACGCCUGUUGCCAGCCCAGGUUCCCGUCUUUAGGUGGCCAUGUCGUGAAUGUAGCCCAAAUCAUAGAGCUCGUGAUGACUUGCAUCCUGUAUGUGGUGGUUAGUGGAAACCUCAUGUACAACAGCUUCCCCAACAUGCCCAUCUCCCAGAAGUCCUGGGCCAUCAUCGCCACCGCCGCUCUGCUCCCCUGCGCCUUCCUCAAGAACCUGAAAGCCGUCUCCAAGUUCAGCUUGCUGUGCACGUUGGCUCACUUCGUCAUCAACGUCCUGGUGAUUGCGUACUGCCUCUCCAGAGCGCGGGACUGGGCCUGGGACAAGGUUAAGUUUUACAUCGAUGUCAAGAAGUUCCCCAUCUCCAUUGGGAUUAUCGUGUUCAGCUACACCUCGCAGAUCUUCCUGCCGUCCCUGGAGGGGAACAUGCAGAAACCGAGCGAGUUCCACUGCAUGAUGAACUGGACUCACAUUGCUGCCUGCAUCCUCAAGGGCCUGUUCGCCCUCGUGGCCUACCUGACCUGGGCUGACGAAACCAAGGAGGUCAUCACAGACAACCUGCCCCCUGGCAUCCGAGCCGUCGUUAACAUCUUCCUCGUGGCCAAAGCUUUGCUGUCGUAUCCGUUGCCGUUUUUCGCUGCCGUAGAGGUUUUAGAGAAAAGCUUUUUUCAGGAAGGGGGACGCGCGUACUUCCCAGAUUGCUACGGAGGCGAUGGACGCCUAAAAUCCUGGGGACUCACUCUCCGAUGUAGCCUUGUUGUGUUCACCUUGCUCAUGGCUAUCUAUGUGCCACAUUUCGCCCUCCUCAUGGGUCUCACCGGCAGCCUGACGGGUGCAGGCCUGUGCUUUCUGCUUCCCAGUCUCUUCCACCUCAAGCUUUUAUGGAGAAAGCUGCAGUGGCACCAGGUUUUCUUUGAUGUCGCCAUCUUUGUAAUAGGAGGUAUAUGCAGCAUAUCCGGCUUUAUCCACUCCAUGGAGGGGCUCAUAGAAGCUUUCAAAUAUAACAUAGAAGAGUAGAUCCAAGCCAUUGCCGGGAAUAGAUGUUAUUUGCAACUCCCCAUUUAGUGAGAAAAAUUAAGUCACGACUUUGCAGCAAGCGCAGCCCCCACCCCCUUCUGCUUAAUCCAUGCGUAAAAGCGCGCACAGACCACAUUUACGCACACAUACAGUCUUGCAUCAUUUAAGAAAUAAUGCGCGCGCACACAGAGAAGUAGACCCGGUGGCAGCGAGGGAAUCUAAUGCAUCCACAACACACUAUAUGGACAGUUCAUGUUGUAUAAAUAUGCGAACAAACGUACAUAGACAUACUUUCCAGUGGAGUGAACGUUUACAAUAUCGACCUAAACAAAAUUUGGAAGAAGGGCAGAUUGUCUCCUCGUCGCUCUUGUGGUGCUUCCCCACAUGAGACUUCACUUAGUGUAACGCUCCAGUUUGUGAUGGAUGGAUAUUUGACGACAUAAUGUGAUUGAAUGAGGAUUAAGAUAUUUAAAACGGAAAAUAAAACUCACAACGAAAUGCCACCCUCUUCUUCUAUAGGUUAUUUUAAAGUGAUUAUGGGCAGUGAAUGUGGCGUUAGGAGGGAAUUAAACAAAACAAAGGCAAUAACCAGCAGUUAAACACGUCAGUGCAUCUUGACGUGUGUUAAAUAGAUAGAAAUAAGGAAAUUGGACCUUUCCCCGAGCAGUUUAAAAUAGUAAAAAUGCAAAAUAUCAAAGUAAACAGCAGCUAUACAAACUAUGCAUUGAAUGUAUAUUUCAGACACAUAAAAGAUAUAAAAAUGGGAAGUAAGAAUUCAAGAGAAUUUUCGAUUCCUCUGUUUUAAAGUGUCAAAGCUUUGAUAUUUUUCUUUUUCCAAAGUGAAAAUUUAAUUUAAAUCGGCAAUACUGAAAUUCACCUCCAAAAGAAACCCCCACAUCUUGGCUCAAAUUCAGCCAUAGAGGGGAGGCUAUUUGAAAUCGUGCACACUCAAUUUCCCACAAUGCUUUCCGAUACUGUAAAAGAAAAACAC